CGCGGUGUCCGCAGGUCCUCGAGAUCUCAACAGGAGCAAUGUCCGCAUACCGGGUCAGCGAGGAGGCCCAGCUCUUGAUGGGCUUGCAUGCCGCGCAGUACCCGCAUCUCUCUGUGGUAGGCCUUCUGGUAGGAAGGGAUUCCGGUAACACGAUUGAAGUGGUGAAGGCGUUUCCAGUGUGCCAUCAGGCGCCAACGGCACCUCUUCUGGAAUAUGCCUCCACAUCCAUUGAAGUCGAAGCAGCCAAGCUCAAGCUCAAGAUCGUUGGUCUCUACGUGGCGAACUCACGUGAUGACGAUACCUCGCUGGGACCCGUGCAUGCGCGCAUCGCAAGUACUGUGGAAGCCAACGCCUCUCGUGCUUGCGUACUCGUUCUGGACAACAAAUCACUUGCCAGCGCCAACCUGUGGCUAAAAGACGUCAAGCGAGGAUGGGUGCCCGUGGACAAUCGUCUCGCGUACGACGACGACGAAGGAAAGCUGCUCGUCGCGUCGCUGGAGAAGCGAUCUCAACUUGCGUCGAUCGCCGACGCCGCUGUGGACGUCGUAGACUUCGACGAGCACCUGGAGCAAUUGUCAAAGGACUGGAGAAAUGCUCAAGUUUUGGCCCUGGCUCGUUUGCAAGUUUAAAGUCGUGUCGAUGGGUUUGCUAGCUGUGAUGAACACGACGAAAUUUGAUGCACUCCAACCGCUUGGACGCUCUUUCACAUCAUUUGUGGUCGCCACGGUCGAG